AUGAGCAACAACCAAAGGCUGAAACGGCAAAAGGCCAAUAAACCAAAAUUGGGAUUAUUGGAGACAAUGACAGAUUUUGUCACCUUUGAGAUAGGCGCAAUGAAUCCUGCAUUUGUGAAGCGCAAAAACUCUAAAACCCCGAUGACGGACCUAUUAAAUAUGCCUCUUGAAGAGCUGCUUGAUCAAGCUGAUUUAGAUCCGGAUGUUCAGGACACUAUUAUUCAAGAAAUCAAGCAGCAUGGUGCAGAGAGGUUUCAUUUCUGUCAAAGAAUUGUGGAUUGUCCCGAUGGUAGGUUAUUCAAGUUCAUCGGUGACUUUGACAACGAUGACCUCUUUGAGAACCUUCCAACCUGCAUGGCGACGAUCACAUUCCGUCUGCCGUCAACCUUCUGGGACAUGGUAUCUUUCAAUCAAAAUAAAAACCUAUUCAAUGCAGAUCGUCUUGUCAUUGAGGUAGUACGAGAUGGUCAAUUGAAUUCGAGGGAUGUCUCCAUCAGGGAACACGAAAUUCUGGUAGAGCUUUACCUUGACCACCCCGUUAGAUAUCAUUUCAUUGAUACUGUCUCUGUAUAUCUUGCAAAGGGUGGUCAAGUUGUGAAACCGAUCGUGAGUUUAUACAAUACAACUAAAGUUCACCUCAUGAACAUGCUCGUGAACUUUCAUAACCCGGUUAUCAAGCUCAUAUUUGAGAUGGACGCAGGGGUUAAUCCAGAGAGUCUCAAACAGGUUCUCUGGGAAAUCAGGCGGACUAUUAUCUGGCGUCUGAGUACCGGAAACUGGUAUGAAAAGUAUCCUCUGAUUGUUGGAGCAUGGAGUUACUUUCAAGUUUCGUUACAACCCAUGCAGCGCAAUUUUCAUGCUGUCUUUCAUGCUUUGGAUAUAGCGCUUAUGCCUCUUUUAGCUCUUCCUCCUGAGGCUCAUCCUAACAUUACCAAGUUCCCGUUCACGCUGGAACGACCUUACAGACUUCCUAAUUGCCCACAAUUUGAAGGCCCGUUGACAAUUGAACGUCUUAAUCGUGGCCCUGUUAUUCGGCCUUGA